GGAAGAUUCCCGGGAAAAUGGACAGUCCUGGGGCGGUGUCCCAGGCGGCUGCGGCCUAGGGCACACACGCAGGCCGGGCACUGCCGGGCCCCAGCGGGCGCCGCGGCCCGCUCCGCCGGAGGCCCAGGGCGGCCUCUCUGCCCGGCGGCGGCCUCUCUAUGGUCGGCGGGCCGUGUUGUCAUCAGCGAGCGACGGCGGCGGCGGCCCCGCGGCGUUCGGUUUCGGUUCGGGCCUCCGCGGGAUCGUUGGGAGUGGAGAUGGGCGUCCCCAAGUUUUACCGGUGGAUCUCGGAGCGGUACCCCUGCCUCAGCGAAGUGGUGAAAGAGCAUCAGAUACCUGAAUUUGACAACUUGUACCUGGAUAUGAAUGGAAUUAUACAUCAGUGUUCCCAUCCUAAUGAUGAUGAUGUUCACUUCAGAAUUUCAGAUGAUAAAAUCUUUACUGAUAUUUUUCACUACUUGGAAGUGUUGUUUCGCAUUAUUAAACCUAGGAAAGUGUUUUUUAUGGCUGUUGAUGGUGUGGCUCCUCGAGCAAAAAUGAACCAGCAGCGUGGAAGGCGUUUUAGGUCAGCAAAGGAGGCAGAAGACAAAAUAAAAAAGGCAAUAGAAAAAGGAGAGACUCUUCCUACAGAGGCCAGGUUUGACUCCAACUGCAUUACACCAGGGACUGAAUUCAUGGCCAGGUUACAUGAACACCUGAAGUAUUUUGUAAAUAAGAAAAUUUCUACAGACAAGUCAUGGCAAGGAGUUACCAUCUAUUUCUCAGGCCAUGAGACUCCUGGAGAAGGAGAACAUAAAAUCAUGGAAUUUAUCAGAUCCGAGAAAGCAAAGCCAGAUCAUGAUCCAAACACCAGACACUGUCUUUAUGGUUUAGAUGCUGACUUGAUUAUGCUUGGAUUAACAACCCAUGAGGCACAUUUUUCUCUUUUAAGGGAAGAGGUUCGGUUUGGUGGCAAAAAGACACAAAGGGUAUGCGCACCAGAAGAAACCACAUUUCACCUCCUACACUUGUCUUUGAUGAGAGAGUAUAUUGAUUAUGAGUUUUCAAUGUUAAAAGAUAAGAUCCCAUUUAAAUAUGAUAUUGAAAAGAUAAUAGAUGAUUGGAUUUUGAUGGGAUUUCUUGUUGGCAAUGAUUUUAUCCCCCAUCUACCUCAUUUACAUAUUAAUCAUGAUGCACUUCCUCUUCUUUAUGGAACAUAUAUUACCAUCCUACCAGAACUUGGGGGUUAUAUUAAUGAAAGUGGGUAUCUCAACUUACCCCGAUUUGAGAAAUACCUUGUGAAAUUAUCAGAUUUUGAUCGGGAGCACUUCAGUGAAGUUUUUGUGGACCUAAAGUGGUUUGAAAGCAAAGUUGGUAACAAGUACCUCAAUGAAGCCGCAGGUGUUGCAGCAGAAGAAGCCAGGAACUACAAGGAAAAGAAAAAAUCAAAGGGCCAGGAAAACUCCAUAUGUUGGGCUGCUUUAGAUAAAAAUAGAGAAGAAGCUGUAACUUCUAAGGAUCAUUUGGAGGAUGAGACUGAAGAAGAUGACCUAUUUGAAACUGAGUUUAGACAAUAUAAAAGGACAUAUUACAUGACGAAGAUGGGAGUGGACAUAGUGUCUGAUGAUUUUCUGGCUGAUCAAGCUGCAUGUUAUAUUCAGGCAAUACAGUGGAUUUUGCACUAUUACUAUCAUGGAGUUCAGUCCUGGAGCUGGUAUUAUCCUUACCAUUAUGCACCUUUCCUCUCUGAUAUACGCAACAUCAGUACACUCAAAAUCCAUUUUGAACUUGGAAAACCUUUUAUGCCAUUCGAGCAACUUCUUGCUGUACUUCCAGCAGCUAGCAAAAAUUUACUUCCUACAUGCUACCAGCAUUUGAUGACCAGUGAGGAAUCACCCAUUAUAGAAUAUUAUCCACCUGAUUUUAAAACGGACCUAAAUGGGAAACAACAGGAAUGGGAAGCUGUGGUCCUGAUACCUUUUAUUGAUGAGAAGCGAUUGUUGGAAGCCAUGGAGACAUGUAACCACUCCCUCAAAAAAGAAGAGAGGAAAAGAAACCAACAUAGUGAGUGCUUAAUGUGCUGGUAUGAUAGAGACACAGAGUUCACCUACCCCUCUCCAUGGCCAGAGAAAUUCCCUGCCAUAGAACAAUGUCGUACAAGGUAUAAAGUAAUAUCAUUAGAUGCUUGGCAUGUAGAUAUAAACAAGAACAAAAUAACCAGGGUUGACCAGAAGGCAUUAUAUUUCUGUGGAUUUCCUACUCUGAAACACAUCAAACACAAAUAUUUUUUGAAGAAAAGCGGAGUUCAAGUAUUCCAGCAGAGCAGUCGUGGAGAAAACAUGAUGUUGGAAAUCUUAGUGAAUGCAGAAUCAGAUGAACUUAGUGUAGAAAAUGUAGCUUCAUCAGUGCUUGGAAAGUCUGUCUUUGUUAAUUGGCCUCAUCUUGAAGAAGCUAGAGUUGUUGGUGUAUCCGAUGGAGAAACCAAGUUUUACAUGGAAGAAGCUCCAGGCAUACAGAAGCUUUAUCUGGGAAGAACUGCUCCACCAUCUAAAGUGGUUCAUCUUGGAGACAAAGAACAAUCUAACUGGACCAAAGAAGUACAAGGAAUUUCAGAAUACUAUCUGAGAAGAAAAGGAAUAAUAAUAAAUGAAACUUCUGCAGUUGUAUAUGCUCAGUUACUCACAGGUCAUAAAUAUCAAAUAAAUCAAAAUGGUGAAGUUCGUCUAGAGAAACAGUGGUCAAAACAAGUUCUUCCUUUUGUUUAUCAAGCUGUUGUCAAGGACAUCCGAGCUUUUGAUUCCCGUUUCUCCAAUAUCAAAACUUUGGAUGACUUGUUUCCUCCUAGAAGUAUGGUCUUUAUGCUGGGAACCCCCUAUUAUGGCUGUGCUGGAGAAGUUCAGGAUUCAGGCGAUGUGAUUACAGAAGGUAGGAUUCGUGUGGUUUUCAGCAUUCCAUGUGAACCCAAUCUUGAUGCUUUAAUACAGAACCAGCAUAAAUAUUCUAUAAAGUACAACCCAGGAUAUGUGUUGGCCAGUCGCCUUGGAGUGAGUGGAUACCUUGUUUCAAGGUUUACAGGAAGUAUUUUUAUUGGAAGAGGAUCUAGGAGAAACCCUCAUGGAGACCAUAAAUCAAAUGUGGGUUUGAAUCUCAAGUUCAACAAAAAAAAUGAGGAGGUACCAGGAUAUACUAAGAAAGUUGGAAAUGAGUGGAUGUAUUCAUCUGCCACAGAACAACUUCUUGCAGAGUACAUAGAGAGAGCUCCAGAACUCUUUAGUUAUAUAGCCAGAAAUAGCCAAGAGGAUGUAUUCUAUGAAGAUGACAUUUGGCCUGGAGCAGAUGAGAAUGGUGCUGAGAAAGUUCAAGAAAUUAUUACUUGGCUAAAGGGACAUUCUGUCAGUACGUUGUCUCGUUCUUCAUGUGAUUUACAAAUUCUGGAUGCAACUGUUGUUGAAAAAAUUGAAGAAGAAGUCGAAAAGUACAAGCAAAGAAGGAAUCAUAAGAAGGUGCGGGUGACCGUGAAGCCGCAUUUGCUGUACAGACCUUUAGAACAGCAGCACGGAGUCAUUCCUGACCGGGAUGCAGAGUUCCGUCUCUUUGACCGGGUGGUGAAUGUGAGAGAGGACUUUUCGGUGCCAGUUGGCCUUCGGGGCACCAUCAUAGGAAUUAAAGGAGCUGUUAGAGAAGCUGAUGUCCUAUUUGAAGUCUUAUUUGAUGAAGAAUUUCCUGGAGGCUUAACAAUAAGGUGCUCACCUGGUAGGGGAUAUCGACUACCAACAAGUGCCUUGGUGAACCUUUCUCAUGGGAGUCGCUCUGAAACUGGAAAUCAGAAGUUGACAGCCAUUGUGAAACCACAGCCUGCAGUGAAUCACUAUAGCUUGAAUUCAUCAGUUUCAUCUGGCCAUUUGGCAGGCCUGAACCAUUCCCCUCAAUCUCUUUUUGUUUCUACACAAGGACCUGCUAAGGAUGAUGACGAAUUUUGCAACAUUUGGCAGUCCUUACAGGGAUCCAGAAAGGCUCAGCACUUUCCGCCACCUCUACAAGAGAAGGGUGCAGUUCUACCUCAAGAAUCAAGUCAAGUAACUCAACAUCAUAAAUCUGGCUUAAAUGACAACAGUGUUAAAUGUCAGCAAAGAAAACGUGAGCCUCACAGAAAAUUUAAAGAAGAAUGUAGGAGCCCUAAAACUGAGAGUUGGUCACAAAAAAUGUCAAAUAAUCAGCCUAACACUGGAUUUGAGGACUUCUUAGCAUCCUUGAAUAUCUCCAAAGUAUCGCAUCAUGAAGAGCCUCCCAGUGAAGAACAUUUGUCACCACAGUCAUUUGCUAUGAAGGGAACACGGAUGCUUAAAGAAAUUCUAAAAAUUGAUGGCUCUGGCACUGUGGACCAUAAGAACGAAAUGAAACAGUUUGGUAAUGAAGUCAUUGUUUCCUGUAACAGAAGAGAUGAAUAUGGACCUUCCUCACAGCCUAAACAAAAUGAGAAAUUAACAUCUUAUGUGAACAAACCUCAAAGUGCUAGUGAGUACCAUCAUGUUCAGUCCAUAAACAAUGUGUGCUGGCCUGCUUCAAGCCAGAUCCCUCCUGUGUCCACACCAGUAACUGAACUCUCGAAAAUUUGUUCCCUUAUUGGAAUGCCACAACCAGAUUUCUCCUUUCUUAGAACACCACAGACAAUGAUAGUUUGCCGGGUGAAAUUGCCCAAUGGCUUGCUGGUGCAUGGGCCAGAGUGCCGUUCUGAAGAAGAAGCCAAGAUCAAAGCUGCACUUUUUGCUUUACAACAGUUGGGCUCCUUAGGAGUGAAUUUCCCUUUGCCUCCACCGAUAUUUGCAAAUUAUCCUCCUGCUGUACCACCUGGGAACAUUCCUCCAGUUUUUCCCCAACCUACUGCUAAUAUAAUGCCUUCAUCAUCUCAUCUCUUUGGCUCAGUGCCAUGGGGAGCACCAGUGCCAGUUUCUGGAAAGCCCUUUCAUCAUACUUCAUAUUCUGGGGCCAUGCCUAUGGCUGGGGGAAUGGCAGGUGGUGUGCACAAUCAAUUCAUACCUCUACAGGUCACUAAAAAAAGGGUUGCAAACAAAAAGAACUUUGAGAAUAAGGAGGCCCAGAGUUCUCAAGCCACCCCACUUCAGACUAGCCAGCCAGGGUCUUCUGAUGUCACCAAAGUGAUUCCACAGGAGAGUUCAUCAGCUCCCUUCAAGUCCUCUCAGAUUACUCAGCCUGCAUCUUCCUUUCAAGUUGAAGCUGCCUCUCAAGGCCAUAGUAUGUCUCACCAUAAGUCAGCACCCAGCUCUUCUUCAAGAAGAAAAUCAAGAAAACUGGCUGUCAAUUUUGGCAUUUCUAAACCUUCUGAAUAAACGUGGUACUUGGAGUUAAAUUAAUUUAUUUCCACCCAUCUUUUUAUAAAUCUAUAUCGGUGUCUCAUAAAAAAUUAGAAUGUGCAAUUUUAAGAUAAUAUGUUUCAAUUGAAAAAUUUUAACUUUGUAAGUUGUGGGGCACUUUUCAUGCUGUUUAAAAGACUACAUAUCAAAUUGUGCAUCUAAAUAUGUGCAGUUUGCUUUAUGUUAAUUAUACCUCAUUAAAGCUAUUUUUUAAAAAGACAAAAUUAAAACUGGUGUGAAAAUAAUACUAGCAGACUAAGCAUUAAAAUGGACGACUCUGAAUACUGGCCUUGUCCUGAACUAUGAAUUAGCAUCAUAUUGCAAUAAUAAUAAGCAUUUUUUACACCAUCAUUGAGGGAUAAUUAAAUGGAGCAUGAAAAUUUGGCCCCAAGUAUAAUUUACUGAAUAUGAAUUUCAUUUUUCUUUUUAAUGAUGUAACAGAAUUGUCAGGAGACUGUCUCUUGUGUACAUGUAUUUUAACAUAUCUUCUGUUGUCUUUGUGAGUCUGUGAGACCUGCUCUGAACUGAUCACACUGCAUGGUGCUGCCAGUUUUGCUUUAUUCCAGAUUUUGUACCAAAGCAACUUUAGAAUACUGGUCAGAAUAUUUCACUUAACUACUUAUAAUUAUAAAUAGCAAUCUAGAUUUAAGCAACUAAUUACAGUGUUUGUAGAUAUUCAGUAAUCAGCAUUUAUAAUUUUGAAUAAAAUUAAGUUUCAAAAUUUACAGGGUACAAUGAUUAUAAAUUAAUCUUCCAGUAGAAUAAAGUAGAAGCUAUAAAUCAUGUUAACUAAAGAUAUUGCAUUAUUAUUUUGUAGAGCUCACUUGCACAGCUGUAAGAGCUCUAUGUUGGUCCCCGUUUAGUGCUUCCUAGCUGAGGGAAUUCUAGUUCUAAUAUCCAAGCACAUGUAUUACAAGCACAAUGCCAUUGUGGUGUGCAUUAUUUCCAUUGUCUCCCUGCUCCCAGCUCUGUGCUGCACUGGCCAGCACCAGCACUUGGUCUGUGCAUGUCUUGUGGGGGGUAUUGUUCAAGCUGUGGCUCUAGGAUUCUUUUAAAGUUUUUGCAAAUUUAUCAGUGGUUCAGGGCCUGAAUUUUUAUAUAUAUUUUUAUCCUUUAGUUUUUGUGAUGUGCUUAUAUUUUUAAGAAAGUAAGUUAUCAUUUUUUUUUAAAGUUAGAACUACAAUUUUUAUAUGGAGCUGCUUCUUAUAUCUAACUUCAUAGAGUACAUUGUACACUCUGCCACGAGUCUUAGAGUGGUCUCUCUGUUUAAAGUGCUGGCCUUGAACCAAGUGGGUUCCUUUAACUGCUGGUUUCAGAGUUUCUCUAACUGUGAAUAGGCUAUUUGUAUAUUAAUAGUGCCUUUAGUAUAAGAGGUAAAUGGUCAUUACCUAUCAUUUGUUAUGGUCAUGUGAGUCUGUGAUCUUAAUUUCUUUCCUAGAUUUACACUUCAGCAGUGUCCAGCAAUUCCUUAUUGGGAGUGUUUCUUCUAUCUCUAGUGGGAUCUUGAGUAAUUAUGUUCAAGUAAUUCUCAGCGUUUGUCCUUAUUGCCUCACAAGCUAUUUGUUUUAAAAGGAAAUAUCUGUUAUGGGAAUACAAUACAAAACUGUGACAGUAAUGUUCAGUUUAAAGUGUAUAAUGUUUUUCACCUUCUCUAACUAUAAAAACUCCAGCAUUCAAUAAUUGCCUCCCACAUCACUUCUGUGUGACCACUCUAUAAACAGUGCACAGCUCACAGAUUUUUUUUAGGUCACAGAGCAAGGAAUGCACACCAACUGAAAACUCCAAGAAAAAUUUCAGUAAGCAUGAUGCCAUUGAACCCGUGAGGAUAUUCCCGUAUCUGAGCAAAAAGCAAGUUGACGGUUCUAUAUGGAUAGGCAGUAAACAUGUUUCUCUUCGUUCCUUCUUCUCUUUUUUUAAAGCAUGUUAUCCUAAAGGUCAAGAUUAAAGAGAUUAAAAAUGGAAGGGAGCUCUGUAAUGACUAGGUAGUGGUCAGGCAUCGGUCUGUAUUCUUCUCCCCGUGUAGACUUACUCUAAAUGUGGGCCCGACGUCCAUAGGAGAUGUGCCCUCCCUGUGGGGAUAGGCUGUUUUAUCUCAUGAUAAUCUUGAGGAGAGUGGACCCAUUGAUAGUUUGGGAAACUUACAGUUUUUCCUUUUUGGGUGGGGCUGACUCAACCACCCCGAAGUUUAGUUAUCUGUCUGUUCCACGGUUGGAUCUGCUGCGGACUUGCUGCAAGAACAGGGGCGAUGAAGGUGCUGAAGAUCAGGGUCCCCAGAUGGCCCCAUGUUGCCACAUAACUGGAGCAGUUAAUUCUAAGUAUUCUUGUUCAGUAAUGUUUCUUUUCCUUUCUUUUUGAGUGAAGUAAGUGAAUUUAGAAGCUUGAUCCUCCCAGUUUUGUUGUUUCUGUUCACAAUUUCUGACAUUACCUGAGCUUUAUAAUUUGGCAGAAAGAUUGUACUAAUUGAUUUAAACAUUCUGUAGACAAAAGUCUUAAACAUCUGAUGAUAAAAAGAUAAAGAGAUCCUUUUUUUCCCCCUAUUGAGGGGAGGGAUGAAGAACUCGAGGCAGGUUUUUGUUGUUUACUUCUUUUUCUCUAAUCAGGUAUUUACUUUAAAUUUAGACUGAUACUUCCAAACGUAUCUUAAUUUUAAAAAGAGCGGGGAGAGAGAAGGUGGUUGGAAUAAGGAAACCAGUUAAAUAAGACAUAUCCAAUCUCUGCUUUUUCAGACUAUUUUAUAUCUUCUAGCUCAAGGAAGCAGAUACACUUUAGGGUCUAUUUCAUUUACUUUUUAAGCAUCUGUUUUAUUUCUGUGAGUAAAUCAUACAUUUGCAUAGUGGUUGUCUUAUUUUUACCUUAAGAUAGAACUGGAGCUCCAUUGUAGUUCUACCUGCUUCAUCUCAUUGGUCAACAGUUUUUAAACAGCUGUGUGCAGUAGCCCAGCUUUGGAGCGUGGCGUUGGCCUGUAAACAUGAUGUCCCCGUGUUCCCGCAGUCGGGGUGCUGCCUGGGCCACCAGCUAAGUUCCUGUAGGUGUUUCAGUCACUUGAAGCCGAAUCCCUUUCCCAUUUCUAAUGAAAUAAUAUGAGAGAAUUUGGUCCACAGUUUGCUUUAAGUUCUUUUAUUUCUUUCUUCCCCUUGUUUGUCUUGAGGGUUUUUUGUUUUGGUUUGGUUUGGGUUUUUGCCUCUCAUCCCUUACAUUUUCUUUUGCCUGCACCCAGUUGCUUCGUAGAGUGUUUUCAUAUAUUUUGAUAUAUGAGUAAGAGUGUGCUGUCAUCAAAGUGUUCCACAGUUUGUUCAUUUAAACAAUAUGAUUAAGUAUAAUUCAUGUAUAUUUUAAUUCCUUUCUUUUCUCACAUAACUAUUUUAUAAGUAACUAGAAUUUUUCAUCAGAUCUUAUACAGAGCAGUAUUUUAUUAAAAACUCAAAAGGGAAGAGACUUUUGUGCUCAUUUUGUAGUUUUUUUAAUAUCUUUACAUUAUCUGCAAUUAAAGUGUUUUAAACUUGCAUUAGAAUGGACUUCAAAUGUAUUUUUGUGUUGUUCAUUUGUAAAUUUAUAGCAUGAAGUUAGCCUCAAAACAUUGUGCAAAAGGAUUUUUAAAUGUAAGAAUCACUGAAAGAGUUUAAACAUUGUACAUGUUAAAUGCUAUAUGGAUUUUAAUUAAACACUUGAGAAUGAUU